AGAGAAGGUACAGGCUCUUUUUUUUUUUUAUUUGACUGCAUCACUGUCUCCUGCUGCUGCUGCUGCUGCCCCUGCUGCUCUGGAUACAGUCCGAGCAAAGAAACCGAGAGUGGAGCAGACGCGCAAUUACGCAAUGAAGGGCGAGCGCUUCUAGGGAGACAAGACAAGGGAGAGACGGGGGGGACGGUGGGGGGAGCUGUAGCAGCCAUCGCGGUCUCCAGAGCUGAGGUCGGUCAUGGUGGGACGGGGACUCUGGGUUUGUAAACCCCGGCUCGGGAAGCGAGGGAGCAGGUUCGGGGUUCUGCCCUUUCUGUGCGCCGCGGCGGUGUGCGCGGCGCUGCUGGCCCUGCUCUUCGUGGACCUCAUCGAGUCAUGGGUCACCUCCAGGAACAUGAACACCGUGGUGGAGCCGCACGCCGGCAUCAUCCCCCUGCAGAGCGUCCCCCCCGCCAGACCCGAGGAGUUCCUGCUCAUGCCCAGCCCGCUCGUGUGCCAGCGUGCCAAGCCUUACCUCAUCACCAUGGUCACCACGGCCCCCGCCAACCAGAGGGCCCGCCAGGCCAUCCGGGACACCUGGGGAGGGGAGGUGGAGGUGAGGGGCCUGCGGGUCAUCACCCUCUUCAUGGUGGGUGUUGCGUCUGGCCCAGGACUGGCCAAGCUGCUGAUAGAGGAGGCCAGGGAGCGAGGGGAUCUGGUCCAGGGCCGGUUUUUGGACACCUACUCCAACCUCACCCUGAAGACCCUGUCCAUGCUGAGCUGGGCCCGCAGAUUCUGCCCUCAGGCCCACUUCAUGGCCAAAGUGGACGAUGAUGUUCUCUUCAAUCCCAGCGCCCUCCUGCACUUCCUGAACAAGAGCCGUAACCCCUAUGAACAAGGAGACCUGUACCUUGGCAGGGUGCAUCUCCAUGUGGCCCCAGACCGUGAUCCAGACAGCAAGCACUACCUCCCUUCAGGUGCCUACCCUCCCUCUGUCUUCCCAGACUAUUGCAGUGGCACGGCUUACGUUCUGUCCCGCUCUGCAUUGCUCAAAAUCUCCAUGGCAGCCUCUGCUUCACCUUUAUCCACACCUCUGCCCCCUGAGGAUGUGUUUGUGGGUCUAUGUGCCCGGACUGCUGGCGUGCUACCCUCACAUUGCCCUCUCUUCUCUGGUGGUCCAGGCGUUCCCUAUGGGCGCUGCUGUUACCAGGCCAUGGUGUCCAUCCACCACAUCCCACCCAGGGAGAUGCUGCACUUCUGGGCCGACGUUCACUCAUCUCCUCCCUGCUCUUGGCUGAGUCUUCGUGCUUCACUGGGGGUGUGCAAAGUCAGGGCGAUGCUGGGGUCGGCUCUGGGGCUGGAGCAGGGGUUGUGAGGGGUACCCGAGCAGGAGAACAGGAACCAGUGGGGCUGUGCCUCGCUUCAAUGCUGUGAACAGCGCAAGUGCUCUUCAUAUUGUGAAGCUGCACUAUGUGUGCACUGAGAAAAUGGCAGUUUAUUUUUAUAGCUUUAUUUUUUUAAACACUAUUUAAAAGGCUUUUUUUUUUUUUUUUGCAGAAAAGGAGACUAUCAGCUGGUAGUGUGAAGAAUCUCAUCUUUAAAAACCUCACUAGACUGUUACAGCAUCCGGCAUUAUUACAUUGACACAUACUGUAGAUGUAGAACAAACAACGUUGGCAUGCUGAUAGUGUAUAGCCAGGAAAUAAGUACUUCUAUUGCCAUGUAAGGUCCGACAUCUAUAAGCUGCUGCUGUUAUAUGUGUAGUUUACCACCACUUAAAUUGUACAUGAUAGUCUAUUAAGGUGCUUAAAUGCAUGUCUCCAAAAAACAGUUCAAUUGGACUCACAAAAUGCAUAUGUAGGCAGUAUAUGUAGGUAGGAAGUAACGAACAUUAAAAAAAAAAGACUAUCUUCAAAAAGAAUCACCUCAGUAUAUGAAAUUACUAUUUUGACAUCUAGUAAUAAGGACAUGGUGGUACAUGCAUCCACGGGGCAUUGAUUGUUCUGUUGGAGACAUUUUGGCUCAGUAAUGCUGCUGCAUCAAAAACAACAGUGAAGAUGAUGUAAUACACGGCUACUAAACGCUAUAAAAUGCCAUAAAAUGUGAUUUCAGUAUUUUGAACCUCUCGUCUGUAACGGUGAGAUCAACCAUGAAGUCAAGUGCGAAUGAGAGUUUUGUGCUGAUGUAUCUAGACUGGGGUUUAGUCUCUGCUAUUAGUCAGUGUGACAUGAUGAGUACAUUUUUAAAGUUUGCAAUAUGUUAAAGAUCAAGUGUCAGGCUGUCUUGUUCCUCCGGUAAACAUGGAGGUCAGUGUGUUUACACUCAGGAAAUAUAGGUACGAAUCCACUACUGUCACAAAUAAACCUCUGUAUCCGAA